UUCGAAGUCGGAAAGUUGUAGGGCAUUUGUUUGGCAAAUGCGAAGGAAAUGGUUAAGCUAAGCAGCAGAACACCGCCGUCUGCCGUCUAUCGGCUUCUUCACCGCCGGCUGUAGUUUUUUAUUUCUCAACUUCCAUUACCUCUUCCUUUGAUUUUUCUGUUCUCUUGCCUUCCCUAGUCUUCAUUAUCGUGUCUGAAAUUUGGAUUUUCAGCAUGAAUCGGAUUUCCAAAACCUUGCUUCAAUUCCGUAAUCAUUUUCCUUCAUCAUUCCGCACCAUCAAUGGUCGUUUAUCGUCUGUAAGUCCUUCUAUUUUACCACUUCUAUAUUACCCUCCCAAGUUCUCGGUUUCCAUUCCUUCCUUCUCGGGUUCGAUCACAUUUUUAGUCCGUUUUAAUUCACAAUUUGUUCGAUCAGGAUCUUACUGUACUCUCACUGAAGUUGAAGGCGAAGAAAGUUCAGAAACCAAUGCGGAUAAGUUACACAGAGCUAUUGUGGAUAAUUCUUACGCACAUCAUGAUAUGGAUGGUGCCCUUGAUCAGGUGGGCGUCUAUUUGACUACGGAUUUAGUUGCAGAGAUUCUCCAUAGGCUUCGUUUUGAUGAGAAAUUAGCGUUUAGAUUCUUUACAUGGGCUGCGCGUCAAGAAAACUAUUCCCAUGAGCCUCGGGUUUAUAAUGAAAUGAUUGAUAUACUCUCUAGCACUAGGUAUAAGGUCAAGCAGUUUCGAAUUGUUUGUGACCUUCUUGAUUAUAUGAAGAGAAAUGACAAGAAUACUGUUCCUGUUGAGGUUCUAUUUGGGAUUUUGAGGAACUAUACAGACAAGUAUUUGACUUCUUUGCAAAAGUUUGCAAAGAAGAAGAAGAUAAGAGUGAAGAGACAGCCAGAAAUAAAUGCCUUCAAUUUGUUAUUGGACGCUUUGUGUAAAUGUAGUCUGGUUGAGGAUGCUGAAGCUUUGCUUAGGAGGGUGAAGAAGACACUGAAGCCGGAUGCGAACACUUAUAAUAUAAUGUUUUUUGGUUGGUGUAGAGUUAGGAACCCGGGAAGAGGGAUUAGGGUAUUGGAAGAGAUGAUUGAACUCGGUUACGAACCUGAUAAUUUUACUUAUAACACAGCUAUUGCAUCCUUCUGCAAAGCAGGGAUGUUGAAGGAAGCAUGUGAAUUCUUUGAGUUCAUGAGAACAAAAGGUUCUACCUUGUCUUCACCCACAGCAAAGACUUAUGCAAUCAUGAUUGUGGCUCUUGUUAAUAAUGGUAGAAUGGAAGAAUGCUUCAAGUAUCUGGAUUACAUGGUAAAAAGUGGUUGCCUUCCUGAUGUUUCUACAUAUAAGGAACUGAUUGAAGGGAUAUGCGUGGCUGGAAAGGUCCAGGAAGCUUACAUGUUUUUGGAAGAGAUGGGAAAGAAAGGUUACCCUCCUGAUAUAGUUACUUAUAAUUGUUUCCUCAAGGUUCUCUGUGAUAAUAAAAUGAGUGAUGAUGCACUCAGGCAUUGCGAUAGAAUGAUUGAAGUUGGUUGCUUACCCAGUGUACAGACUUACAACAUGUUGAUUUCUAUGUUUUUUGAGAUGAACGAUCAUAAUGGAGCUUUUCAGGUUUGGUAUGAAAUGGAUAGGAAUGGUUGCACUCGGGAUGUUGAUUCAUACUGUAUAAUGAUUGAAGGGCUUUUUGGUUGCAAUAAAGUUGGUGAUGCAUGUCUCCUUUUAGAGGAAGUGGUAAACAAGGGAAUGAAGCUCCCUUUCCGGAAGUUUGACUCAUUUUUGAUGCAGCUCUCAGUAAAUGGUAAUCUCAAAGCAAUCCAUCGGCUGUCUGAACACAUGAGAAAGUUUUACAACCGUGCCAUGGCCAGACGUUUUUCACUGAAUCAAAAGCGGAUGAGCAUGAGUUUGAGAGGAAAGUAACAAGACUUGGCACGUUAAUUUGAGAAGCAAGUUCAAUUGAGCAUUUCUGCACCAUGUUCUCUAAGUACAAGGUAUAUAUGGAAGUUCUUGCCGUUAAUCACUUAUAGGUUGAUAUAUCUUAAAUGAGUUUAGAAUCGAACUCUCUUAUUAAUAAGUACAGUUUGGUGGUAACAUCUGGUCGGUAAAGCAUUCCCAAAAUACCUUAAGUAGAGAUCAGAGUUGGAGGGCAGAAAGGAAUUAGCGUGUAAGCUACAGAGCCUUCUACAACACCGCUCCUCGGCCUUCUUUAAGCCUUGUGACUCCCAUUCCAUCAAAGUCAAGAAACAAAGCCUGAAACUGGCCUAGCCCUGGUAAGGCGUGGGGAAAGCAAUGAGUACAAGUAGGCGAAUAGUGAAGAAAUACUAUUACAAUAUAGCAGUUAAGUUGUUAGUUAAAAAUCUGCUUUUAUUUAAGAGAGGGAUUUUCUCAUUUGAUGAAUAGGAGGAAUUUUCAUUUCACUCUCAACUGAUGUAAAAAAUAUAUAUGCGUUCUCAUGUUUUGAUGUUGCCUAGAAGAUGUGCCUGCUGUUACAAAGAUUUCAAUUCAUUUCCGUUGGAGGAGACUGUCCUUGAUUAAUUUCUAGCUUCACUAAGAAAUUUCAGUUAUAAAAUAUGGUCUAUUUAUUGGGAAUAUACAUAUUUGUUGCUUUUUAAUUUGCUAAUGGAAGACUAAUUGAAAGCUUCUGCAGCAUUGAGUAGGUACUGUUCUCUUUGGAUAUUUUUUCUUAAUUUUCAGCAUUGUUAACCUUAUUCAAGUAGUCAUAUAGUUUUUCGGAUUCAAGCUGAAGGUGAGAUGUAUCCAAUUUAGUUGAUGAGAUUUGAUUGUCUGUGAUAUACCACCAGUGAUAUCUUGCUAAACAAGACUAAUACAAUAAUCACAACAUCUUUUGUAUUUAUUUAGAAAGAAUGCGUUAUAGAUGUAGGUUCCAGCUUCCAUAUAUACAUUCAGGUGGCUUAGAAGAUUUUUGGGAUGCCGAUCUAACAGUUUCCCAUGUGCUCUUUAUGUGCAUUAGAACUAUGAGAAUUGUACGCUUCUCUGUGGAACCAACUACGAGAAUUUAUGGUAUUUAAUGGUUGCCUUGUAGGUAUUUGAACUCAAGAAGCUUCUUGACAGUUGUUCGAGAGAGAAUCUCACAGGAACCUUUGAAGGAAGAGCUAAACGCACUUCAUUGCCGUCUUCCUCGAGCUGAAGGCCCAAGAUUUUCCAAAAACUUGAACACCAAAAAUUCAAGUUUGCAAUAAGAUCUGUAACAGGGGAUAUAUAUACGUUAUACAGAAGUAAAGAACCCGAGCAUUGUGUUUUGUGUAAGCUUACUUUGGAUACAAUCAAAUUAAAUUCUUUGGCAUUACCGAAGGACAACAA